CUCCCUCCCCGACAGCUUAGCUCCUGUUUCGUAGCAAUCCCUGGUCAUCUGUCACCCUCAGCUGUCCCGAGGCUCUUCGACGAUCUCUUGCUAAACCACUCUCGGUCCUUUCCUCGGAUGACCAUAGUCCGCCUCCACCUGAGGAGUCACAUUCGCAGCCACGCCUUUGUGUCUGGCUUGCUGCUUCAAACCUGUCAUUCCCCCUUUUGAGUCCUAGAAUUUCUAAAGAAGUUGAAGCACGACACGCAGCAUGACAGGAUCCAAUGGACAAACCGUCUCGACCAUCGACAAGCGAGACUUCGACUCUCACCGUCCUCUGUUAGAUGGGUUCGAUGCCGGCGGUGACGUGGAGGAGCACGGAGCUAUCCGGUCACGACCAGUAUCAAGACUCGCCGCGGCCAACGACGAGGACGGGCUGCUGAACGAUGUGGUCGAAGAGAUCCUCGAACGCGAUCGCAAGAAGAUGGCCAGGGAAGUCGUCCGUAUUGGCAGCUUCGUCUGGGGAGUGAUUACCUGUCUGGGAGCUGGAAGCAUCACGGCUUUUUCUCUCUAUGGUCCCCUUCUGCUGACCCGCCUUCAUUACACCCAGCUUCGGGUCAACGCGGUCUCGAUCGCCGCGGAGGUCUCGAUGUACCUCCCUGUUCCCCUGUUUGGGUACCUCUGCGACCGAUACUCUCCGUCUCCUCUGGCUUUGCUCUCCGGAAUAGUGUUCGGGGCCGGCUACCUGCUGGCUGCCUUUGCCUACCGGAGCGGACCGCCGCCCGAUGCCGGUGGCCAAGGCUGGCCCUUCUGGGUGAUGAUUGUGGCUUUCAUCGCCAUUGGCACCGCCACCAGCUGCAUGUAUCUGGCUGCCGUGACGACAUGCGCGAAGAAUUUCGGCCGCGGCAAGCACAAGGGGAUCAUGCUGGCCGUUCCGAUUGCCGGGUUUGGGCUUAGUGGCAUGUGGCAGAGUCAAGUGGGAACAUACUUGCUCUAUGAACGCAACGAAGAUGGCAGCCGUGGCGAUGUCGAUGUGUACAGGUAUUUUGUCUUCCUCGCUCUCCUGUUGCUUUGCAUCGGCGUCGUCGGUACGUUCGCCCUGAAGAUCGUGGAGGAAGAUGAGGAGAAAUUCAUCGAUGACGCGGUGGAGGAACUCGAGAGGAGCGGGCUCCUCGAAGAAAGUGAGUUCUUCCGAUCGAGAGAUGAGGUCCGAUCGGUGUACGGGACAUUCUCACAGGCAGACGAUGUGGGCGACUCGGACGAGGAACGCACACUUGUACGGUCGGAAGAGGAGCUGGAAGCAGCAAGACUGGACAAGCAGAGGGAAGAGGAGGAACGCAGGAAGAAGAAUUGGCUUUUGAACUACGAGACCAAGGUUUUUCUUGCAGACCGGUCCAUGUGGUGGCUUGCAGUGGGCUUCUUCUUGGUUACUGGACCUGGCGAGGCCUACAUCAACAACCUGGGCACAAUUGUACAAACCCUAACCCCCAUCUCCACCCUCCCCAAUGCCCCGUCCCCCGCGGGCCUCCCCUCCACGCACGUCACCACCGUCGCCUUGACCUCGACGAUCGCCCGACUGCUCACCGGCUCACUCUCCGACUUCUUCGCCCCGCACGCCCGUCACCUGUUGCCCGGAGGCAACCCGGACAUCAAUCGGCCGGCGUCCCCAACGGACCCCUGCAACCGAGUCACCUUCACCCGCCUUGCGUUCCUUCUCCCCUCCGCGUUCCUCCUCUCCCUGGGCUACCUCCUCCUCGCCUCCCCACUGCCUCUCGACUACCCGGCCCUCACCCACAUUACGACCGCCCUGGUCGGCCUCGGCUACGGUAGCGCCUUCUCCCUCGUGCCCAUCAUCAUCUCCGUGGUCUGGGGCGUGGAGAACUUCGGCACGAACUGGGGCAUCGUCGCGAUGGUCCCCGCCGCCGGCGCCGCGGCCUGGGGCCUGAUCUACUCGCGCGGCUACCAGGACGCCACGGACGGCGGGAGCGGCACGGCGGACGGUCAGUGUCACGGCUGGUCGUGCUACGGGCUCUGGGCGGUGGGAUGCACCGUGAGCGUCUGGGUGGCCAUCGGAGCCUGGUUGGUGGCCUGGCGGCAUUGGCGGAGACGGGGGGUUGUAGUUUGACUCUGAGGGACGGAAUAUUGCCGUCUACCUUAACAUCUGGCUUGCGUCUUGUUUGGUUCUGGAAAGCGCUGAUCUUUGUGGUAUAUUGACCUAUGACAUCUUUGGUAUAUAGAUCGGGAUUUCCUCUUCGUUUGACUUUUGUGUUGUCAUAUUUGGAACUCUUGUGUCCAGCCACAUGCAUACUGAGCAUACAUAGCCUUGUGUCAAUUCUGGGGUUGUUGGUUUCUUGCCCAAGGAUCUGAAUCAAUUUGUCACUCUAGGUCAUGAGUUAUGG